AUUCUACUAAAGUGGCUCCGAUCUGGGUUUUCCGAGUCGCGCCCUGCUACGACUCGAGGCCAGAAGACGGGAGCGAGUGUUUGCAAGGUCGUCAUUUGACGUGUCGCGUCUGCGAUGGGACAGGAGCGUGCCGACGUGGAGUGGAAGUUUGCGCGGAGCAAGCUGUGGAUCAGCUACUUCGAGGAGGGCGGCACGGUGCCUCCGCCGUUCAACGUGGUGCCCUCGCCCAAGUCGCUGCUGUACACGUGGCGCUGGCUGCAGCGGCGCCUGUGCGGCCACGCGCGCGCCAAGCGGGAGCACAUGCGCACCAUCCGGAGGAAGGCGAAGCAGGCCAACGAGCGGGAUUUCCGAUACCAGGCCAUCAUGCGCAACCUGGUCCGGCGCUACGUGACCGUGCAGCAGAGGCGCGCCGAAAGCGGCGGCGUGACCGAGGACGACGUCAACGAGAUCAAGCAGGACGUCAGCGCGUUCCGCUGCGAGCUCGUCGAGAUCCUGCGCAACUCCGGCAUGAACACCUCCACCGCCAACGCCGGCGCGCCCGGCGGCGGCGGCGGCAAGAAGAACCGGCAGAAGGAGCGCCGGCUGAUGAAGGGCUUCAACAUCGUGCCGGGGGGCACGCUGGCGCCGGUGGACGAGUUCCUGGCGUCGCUGCACCACGAGCACGGCGGCGCGCACGGCGCCUCGCACCACCCGCUGUCGGCGCUGCUGGGCGCGGCGGGCGGGCGCCUGCGCAACAGCCAGUCCAGCCUGUCGGACGCGGCGCCCGCGCAGCGCCGCGGCAAGCCGCACAAGCGCCGCUGGGGCACCAUCAUCGACGCGGCGCGCGCGGCGCGGGUGUCGCGCCUCAUCGGCCGCUCGCGCUCCGAGGACUCCGUGUGCGACCACGCGCGCCAGUCGCCCAGCGGCAGCGAGCGCUCGGACUCGGGCAGCGACUCGCAGCGCAGCCCGGAGCGGCCCGGCCCGCUGCACCCGCUGAGCGCGCUGGCGGCGCUCAAGCGCAAGCGCAAGAAGUUCUCGGACUCGCGGCGCGCCGCCGACGCGGGCCCCGAGGCGCUGCAGCGCGCCAGCUCCGUGCCCGCGCGCCCGCCGCCGCCCCCCGCGCCGCCGCCGCCCGCCGUUUCGCCGGGAGUUAGAGAUGUAGAUAGUGACUGUCGCGAUGGAGGAGGCGUAUCGUCUACUCCGAUAUCGGUCGGUUAA